CCACGUCAGGCCUGGGCGGCCCCGGCGGGCGGAGCGGCGCGGCGCGGCGCGGCGCGGCGAGGAUGGGCGGCUGGGCGCUGGCCGUGCUGCUGUGCGCGCUGCGGGCGGGCCGCGCCGCCGGCACCGAGCUCACCUUCGAGCUGCCCGACAGCGACAAGCACUGCUUCCACGAGGAGCUGGAGCGCGGCCUCAAGUUCACGCUGGACUACCAGGUGAUCACAGGGGGACACUACGAUGUGGACUGCUAUGUGGAGGACCCCAACGGCAGGACUAUCUAUAAGGAGACCAAGAAGCAGUACGAUAGCUUCCCACACCAAGCCGAAGUCAAGGGCGUCUACACUUUCUGCUUCAGCAACGAGUUCUCCACCUUCUCGCACAAAACUGUCUACUUCGACUUCCAGGUCGGCAACGAGCCACCGAUCCUGCCCGACAUGAGCAACCGAGUCACCGCCUUGACACAGAUGGAGUCUGCCUGUGUCACGAUCCACGAAGCUCUGAACACGGUGAUAGACUCCCAGACUCACUAUCGCCUGCGGGAAGCCCAGCACCGCAACCGAGCGGAAGACCUCAACGACCGGGUUUCGUACUGGUCGGUUGGGGAAACCAUCAUCCUCUUUGUGGUCAGCGUUGGCCAAGUGAUGCUGCUCAAAAGCUUCUUCACUGAAAAGAGACCAGGCAGUGGCGGAGCCGGCACCUAGGAGCCGAGGGCAUUCCUGUGCCCAGGCCUGCAGCAGAGGGUGGGAGGCAGGAGCGGGCAGACAGCCAGCGGUCUCCUCGGUCACACGUUUACCUCUGUCCUUCGCAAGGUGCUGCCGUAGGGAGGGGGCUGGGGAAGAAGCCGGGGAUGAUGCAACACUGCAGACCUAGACGGCAAACGGUCGUGGCACAGGCCUCCCGGAGCAGUUCCCCCGGCGACACUUCCCUCUUUGCCGUCGCCCGCCGGCUCCGCGGUGCCUGCCGCUCCCUGCCCCUCGCCCAGCCUGGCUGCCCCUGCUCGCCCACUCCUCCGGGGAAGGGGGAGGACCUGCCGAGGUUCUGCAUCGCCUGCCCUCUUACCCGGUGCCCAUUGCCCCUCCAGAGCCAUUGCAAGGUGCAGCCCCACAUCCGGCAAGGCCACACACUGCCCCCGCGCCCAGCAAAGCCCCGCGCCGGGGGGCAGGCUGCUGUGCCCAGCCCCGCUGCUCAAGGGGGAUGGGGGCAGACCGGCCCCCCCAGCCCCCUCCUGCUGACCUUCCCAGCGCCACAGGACGUGCCGUUGGCCUGGAGGAGACCUGCAGGAUUUGUGCCUCCGGGGGCCGUGGAAGAGCUGGACACGGGAGGGGCCCUGGACACGGGAGGGGCCCGCAGGGCUGCUGGCAGGCGCGAGCGCAGCUCCUCCGCGUGAGCGCAGCUCCUCCGCGUGCCGCAGCCUGCAGGUCGGUCUCCCCAUCGCUCACCAGCGCGGGCGCAGCAUUGCCGGCCCGUGCCCGGGGCUCCGGGAAACCCUCGUUGGCUCCAAAACCAGCGGAGAGGUUUCCGCAGGGGCUUUUUGCUUGGUUAUUUCAUUUGCUUUGCGAGCCCCUGUCCUCACAGCAGAGCACUUCCCAGGCCCGUCUCGGCAGGCUGAGCUAGCAAGGUGCUUGAUAGAAGAUAAAUUUUCAUAACUACACACACCUGGGGCUUGGGCACCACGAAUGACGCCGUGCCCAGCAAACAGCAGGCAGGAGCAGGCAGAGCUCUGCUCCGUCUGUGCCGAGGGAGAGACCGCAGCCAGCAGGGAGCCCCCAGCCCCUUCCCAAAGCAGUGAGACCACCCUGCUCUGCUGAGACUGCAACCCCACCACCCCAUCCCCGGAUUCCCCCCAACACAGACCCUCCUGCUCCCCCGGCCGCAGCAGCGAGGCUGGCAGGAUGCAGCACACAGGUGAACCGCGGUCCCCAAAUCACCCCACAGCCGCUUGCGCGUGACCCUUUGGAGACCAGAGCCUCGGACGCUGCCGUCAGCCCCCCGGCAGGCGUGCGCAGGAAUCGCGCUCCUCCUGAGCCGGAGCAGCACCGCUGUAACGCUACUUUCCCCCUUCACAAUAAACCCGUGCAAUCGUG